GACAUCUGCGCGGGCCAAGGGGGCGCAGGACCCCGGUGUAACGCAUUAGGGGGGGCCAGCGGGCCGGCCUCCGACCAGGCGGCGCCAUGAAGACCGGCACCAAGGACGGCCUGCUCUCGGACGAGGACAACUCCUUCGACGAAGACGACGAGACCACGCCGCUGAACGCCGCCUACGCCAGCCGUCGGAACAGCCAGGACAACAAAGGAUGGGACGUGUUCGUGGUGACCCCGAACGCCGAGGAGGACGAGACCAUCAACUCCAAGUGGGUGGACAUCACCCUCAAAGUGCUCAAGGUGGUCACCUACUUCAUCACCUUCGGCUUGGUGCUCUCCUCGGCCGCUGUCUCCAAGGCAACGCUGCUCUUCAUCGUCUCCCACAUCGCAAAGAGAACGGUGCCCGUCUGCAGAAACGGCCUCGCUGUCGAACGUGACAAGGACCACGAAGCAACAAUAUCGGACAUCGAAAAAAUUGCCUGGCUCUGGGUUCUCUUCUUCAUACUCAUAAUCCCCGAGCUGUUCACGCUCUUCCGAAGCAGCAGGAUAUGCGUCUUCAAAUCCUACCGACGGCCGGACAAAAGCACAUUCUUCACAGUGUUCCUCAUGGAGACGUUGCACACGGUCGGGCUCUGUAUGCUCGUCUUCGUCGUCCUGCCCGACUUGGACGUGGUCAAGGGUGCCAUGCUUACCAACUGCGUCUGCUUCGUGCCGGGCUUCUUCAGCAUGCUGUCUCACUACAAGGGCGAGAGCAAACGAUUCGCCAAACUCACCCUGGACGCGCUCAGCUUGCUGGCUCAGGCGACCGGCUUCGUUAUCUGGCCCUGGGUAGUGACCGGACCACGCACGUGGGCCGUGCCGAUCGCCGUGUUUCUCACGUCGUUCCGCUGGUGGGAGAACUACGUGGAUCGGCGUUCUCCCAUUCGGUUCGUCUCCAGGCUGGCCGAGAUGAAGGAUGACUUGAGGAAGAGCCGCUACUUCACCUACAUCUUCGUCUCCUGCUGGAAGAUUCUGGUCAUACUCAGCUGCAUGCUGGGCUUCAUGACCCUGACCCAGGAAAACGUGCUCACCAUAUUCCGCAACUUCGCCUCCGGUUUCCACACCCACAAGAUCAACGUUGUCCAGGUGCGACGUCAGACGCUGGGCGACCUUCCUGACCUGCCCACGGCAAGCCCGCUGGACGACGACGUGACCAUAACGGCCAGCGAGUGGACACCCAUCUUCGUCGCGGCCAUCCAGGUCUUCUCCAGUCUUCUCUGCUACGUGUCGGCGAAGUUCGCCUGCAAGAUCUGCAUCCAGGGCUUCAGCUUUGCCUUCCCCGUGAGCUUGACCAUUCCGGUGUCGAUAUCGCUGCUUAUCGCGGCUUGCGGCAUGCGCACGGAGGACGUGUGCUUCUUCGAGAGCUACGUGCCCAAGUAUCUCUUCUGGAGGUGUCCAGCCGGAGAGUUCUUUCAAGAGUUCAUCACUACUCAGCACGCCUGGAUAUGGCUCGCCUGGCUGCUGUCGCAGACCUGGAUAGCGGUGCACAUCUGGAUGCCAAAGUGCGAGAGGCUCGCCUCAACUGAAAAGCUCUUCGUGAACCCGAUGUACUGCGGUGCCCUGAUCGACCAGUCCCUAGCGUUGAACAGAAGAAGGGACGACGAAGGUGAAAUCAAGAGCGAUGAACUUGCCUUGGACGCGCACGACGACAACGACAUCUCGCAGUACUACGAGACGAUAUCGAUACAGACCGAAUCUUCGAGCAACCAGAACGGUAGGACGGCGUCGUGCGCCAAGACGGCCGACCACAUCAUUCGAAUCUACGCCUGCGCCACUAUGUGGCACGAGACUGCCGAAGAAAUGAUACAGAUGUUGAAGUCCGUCAUCAGGAUGGAUGAAGAUCAAAGUGCGAGAAGGAAUGCGCAAAAGUACCUGCGCAUUGUCGACCCGGAUUACUACGAAUUUGAAGUUCACGUUUUCUUCGACGACGCCUUCGAAUUGAGUGACGACAACGAUGAAGAAAUGGUUGUAAACAGAUUCGUCAAGCAGAUGGUGCGGGUGAUCGACACAGCUGCUAGCAACGUCCACCAGUGCAACAUCCGACUCAAGCCUCCCAAGAAGCUGCCCACUCCGUACGGCGGCCGACUGGUGUGGCAGAUGCCUGGCAAGAACAAGCUGAUCGCUCAUCUCAAGGACAAGGGCAAGAUCAGGCACCGAAAGCGUUGGUCGCAGGUCAUGUACAUGUACUACCUGCUGGGCCACAAGCUCAUGGAGCUGCCCAUCGACGUGAGCCGCAAGGCCGUCAUGGCCGAGAACACAUUCAUUCUGGCGCUGGACGGGGACAUCAACUUCAGGCCGCACGCCGUGCAACUGCUCGUGGACUUGAUGAAGAAAAACCGAGGCCUGGGAGCUGCUUGCGGCCGAAUUCACCCCGUCGGCACAGGUCCAAUGGUGUGGUACCAGAAGUUCGAGUACGCCAUCGGUCACUGGCUGCAGAAAGCCACCGAGCACAUGAUCGGCUGCGUGCUUUGUAGCCCCGGCUGCUUCUCCCUCUUCCGUGCCAAGGCUCUUAUGGACGACAACGUGAUGCGUCGGUACACCACCCGCUCGGACGAGGCUCUGCACUAUGUGCAGUACGAUCAAGGUGAGGACCGUUGGUUGUGCACGCUACUACUGCAGCGAGGGUACCGUGUCGAGUACAGCGCCGCCUCGGACGCCUACACGCACUGUCCCGAAGGCUUCGGCGAGUUCUACACACAGCGGCGUCGCUGGGCGCCCUCGACCAUGGCCAACAUCAUGGACUUGCUGGGAGACUACAAACGUACCGUGGCUAUCAACGACAACAUCUCGUUCCCCUACAUCAUCUACCAGGGCAUGCUCAUGGUGGGCACCAUCCUGGGUCCCGGGACUAUCUUCCUCAUGUUGGUCGGUGCCAUGGUAGCCGCCUUCAAGAUCUCCAACUGGAUCUCCUUCUCGUACAACAUCGUGCCCAUCCUGCUCUUCAUGCUCAUCUGCUUUACCACCAAGAACGACAUCCAGAUUAUAGUGGCCCAAAUAAUGAGUGCCUCGUACGCCCUACUCAUGAUGGCCGUGCUCGUCGGUACGGCCAUCCAGGUAUCCGAAGACGGCGUCGGUUCACCGUCGGCCAUUUUCCUCAUAUCUUUAUCGAGUAGCUUUUUCGUGGCGGCGUUAAUGCACCCGCAGGAGUUCAUGUGCAUCAUACCGGGACUGCUGUACUUCCUCAGCGUCCCCUCUAUGUACCUGCUCCUUAUCCUGUACUCUCUGAUCAACCUAAACGUCGUCACCUGGGGCACACGAGAAGUCCAAACCAAGAAGACCAAGAAGGAGAUGGAGGAAGAGCGCAAGCUCGAGGAGGAAAUGAAGAAGAAAAAGAAAAAGGGUGGACUCCUGGGGCUCUUGGACCUCAGCGGCAAGGGCAGCGACGAAGGCAUGUUCGGACUUCAGGGACUCUUCACGUGCAUGAUAUGCUCGAAUCCCAACAACCGCGAGGAGAAGGUGCAGCUUGCCAGGAUCAGCGACCAGCUCGACAACCUGAGCAAGAAGAUCAGCAGCAUGGAGCGCCAGCUCGAGAUCGUGCACGGCGUGCCGCCACCGAGGCGCAAGCCCGCCGCUCACGGACGCAGCUCCAGGCAGUCGGACGGAGGCCUCUCGGUGCUCAACGAGGACGCAGAAGACGAUGGCAACGAGUACGGAAGCGACACGUGCGGCUCGCUCAGCGAACAACUUGAGCCCCGCCAGGAGAGAGAUGAUCUGAUCAACCCCUAUUGGAUUGAAGACAAAGAGCUCAAGAGAGGUGAAGUGGAGUACUUGCCGGGACCCGAGAUCCAGUUCUGGAAGGACCUGAUCGAGAAGUACCUGUACCCCAUCGACGAGAACAAGGAGGAGCAGGCCCGGAUAGCGGCCGACCUGAAGGAACUGCGGAAUCGCGUGGUCUUCGCCUUCUUCAUGCUCAACGCACUGUUCAUUCUCAUCGUGUUCUUGUUGCAACUGAACAAAAAGCAGCUGCACGUCAACUGGCCACUGGGCGUCAAGACAAACAUCACCUUCAUUCCGGACACGUCUCAGGUGGUCAUAGAGAAGGAGCACCUGCAGCUCGAGCCAAUCGGUCUCAUCUUUGUGAUCUUUUUCGCCGUCAUCAUGGUGAUACAGUUCACGGGAAUGUUGUUCCACCGCUUCGAGACCCUGUCUCACAUCCUGGCGUCUAUCGAGCUCUCCUGCUGCCACCAGAAGGUGGAGGACGUCAGCGAUGACGCUUUCAUCGACCGCAAUGCCAUACAAAUCGCCAGGCAGCUACAGAGACUCAAGGGUAUCGACGAAGACGACGAUAACAGCGACGAGUACUUAGGUCCGGAGCGGCUAGAGCGCCGAAAGACGAUACAGAACCUCGAGAAGCGCCGUCACCAGCGAGCCAGGACAGGAACCUUGGACGUGGCAUUUCGGAAGAGGUUUAUGAGCAUCAACGCCGUCGAUGCAGAAGCUCAUGCAGGAACACCAGUGCUGAGUGGCCUGCGGCGCUUCAGCCGUAACCGGGACACACUUCGCGCACUGGAAGUGCGGCGAAACACGGUGCUUGCCAACCACAGCAAGAUGCAGACGCUAGGUGCCAAGAACCAAUACUCUGCCGCUGCAGCCGCGGCCGCUGGCAGCGGCGGCCCUCCUGGGGUUCGCACGCGGCACAGGAACAACAACGUUCCCGCCGACCGCGUGUUCUCGGGCGCCAAUGGCGAGGGCUACACCAACGACGCGUACGAGACGACCCAACCCGACGAGGACGCGUCCGCGGCGGCCCGCCAGAGUCUACGGCUGCAGGUCUACAACGACCGCAGAAGCAGUGUGGCGAGCUACGCCGAGGACUCGGAGAGCGGCGUGCGCAAGCCUCGCCACAGCCACAUGUGAUCUUGGACUACGUCUACAGAAGGAACUGUGCGUGUUUUCGUGUACUAAUACAUCACCCAGCAGUGGGAGCCAAUG